UUAUUCUUGUUGUACUACUACGUACACUUGUAUUUGUUAUAUUUUUUUUUUCGUGUGAAUGUGCGUGUUCUCUUUCUCUUUCUGUUUUUGUUUCGGUUUCUGUGAUAAGCUUUCAAUGCUCUCAGCAUAAAUUGUCAAAAAGAGAGAAUUACACAACAAUAACAAAAACAAUAAUAACAAUAGUAGUAGUAGUAGUUGUAGUAAUUGUAGUAAGAAGCAGCAGAACUAAGCUUUUAGCUGAAGAGAAGAUCAUUCCACUCUGUGAACGCUGCUGCUGCGCUGUCAUCGCAUAGAUUCGUUACGUUUCUGCCAACAGCUGAUAAGACGCCACAUUGCUUGUACUUGUUUUUGUUUUGUUUGCUGCUUCGGAUUCUUUCCCUUUCUUCACAUUUUGCACGCGUGCGCUCACUCGCUCUCUCUCAGCCUGAGCUGUGCUUUUUUAAAGAGCUCUGAACUCUCGUUUAUCGGCAGCGACGCGACGUCGCAACUUAGCUGGCAUUGCUCUUUGGCGCUUUUGGCUAACCAGUCGCAGUCGCAGUUACAGUAGCAGUAGCAGAGGCAACACCAACAGCAGCAGCAGCAGCAGCCAGCAGACGAAAAUGUCGCUAACACAAGCAAAACAAAAACAAAAUCAACAACAACAACAACAGCAGCAGCAGCAGCAACAACAACAAGAAGUGCAACCAUCACAUUCCAAAACCAAGAACAACAACAACAACAUAAAUUCCGGUGCACGCGAACGCGAACGUUCACAAACCAUUGGCGAAACGGACAUUGAUCAGUCGGUGCUCAAUGGCCUUAACCUGGCCGUCGAUGGCACAAGCAACUAUCACGGCCAUAAGCGUGAGUUGGGACACAGAGUAUUUGUGAACCGCUCGCUGCAUUUGGAGAACAUUAAGUACUAUGGCUUUGAUAUGGACUAUACACUGGCAGAAUACAAAUCUCCGCAAUAUGAACAGCUGGGAUUCAAUUUGGUCAAGGAGCGACUGGUGUCCAUGGGUUAUCCAAAGGAGAUCUUGCAGUUUGAGUAUGAUCCAACAUUUCCAGUGCGUGGUCUCUGGUUCGAUACUCUUUAUGGCAAUCUCUUGAAGGUUGAUGCUUAUGGCAACAUUCUGGUCUGUGUGCAUGGCUUUGAGUUCAUCAAGCAUCACCAGGUGUAUGAACUGUAUCCGAAUAAGUUUCUCAAGCUAGACGAGUCGAGAGUUUAUGUACUGAAUACUCUAUUCAAUUUACCGGAAACCUAUUUGUUGGCCUGUCUCACCGAUUUCUUUACCAAUAGCAGUGACUUUGUCCGCGUUGAACGCGGCAUCAAAGCCGGUGAUUUUUUAUUUACCUAUAAGUCGAUUUUCCAAGACGUGCGACGCGCCGUCGACUGGGUGCAUUCCGAUGGCGACCUAAAGCGUCGAACCACACAGAAUAUGGCGUACUAUGUUAAGAAGGACAAGCGCCUACCCACGGUCCUGUCCCGUAUCCGUGAAUCGGGAGCGAAGCUCUUCAUGCUGACGAACAGCGAUUACACGUAUACGAAUGAGAUAAUGAGCUACCUGUUUGAUUUUCCGCAUGGAGCUGAUGCAGAUGAGCCGCAUCGGGAUUGGAAGAGUUACUUCGACGUGAUCGUAGUGGAUGCCAGGAAGCCGCUGUUCUUCGAUGAGGGAACCGUGCUGCGACAGGUGGACACGAAAACGGGAGGAUUGAAGAUUGGAACACACAUUGGGCCAUUGCAGCCGGGUCAGGUUUACUCCGGUGGAUCGUGUGAACUGUUUACCAAGUUCAUCAAUGCCAAAGGCAAGGAUGUGCUCUAUGUGGGCGAUCACAUCUUUGGCGAUAUUCUCAAAUCGAAGAAGAUUCGGGGCUGGCGCACGUUCCUCAUUGUGCCGGAGUUGGUGCGGGAGCUGCAUGUGUGGACGGAUGAGUGUCAACUGUUUGCGGAGCUGCAGAAUCUGGACAUUAAGCUGGGCGAUCUUUAUCGUGAUCUGGACUCGAGUGCAAAGGUCAAGCCGGACAUAUCGCAGCUGCGCACCUGCAUUAGAGAUGUGACCCACAAGAUGGACAUGUCCUAUGGCAUGAUGGGCUCCCUAUUCCGUUCGGGCUCACGCCAGACCUUCUUCUCCAGCCAGGUGGUCCGAUAUGCCGAUGUCUAUGCCGCCACCUUGCUCAAUCUCAUCUAUUACCCAUUCUCCUACAUGUUCCGUGCUCCGGCCAUGUUGCUGCCCCACGAGUCGACAGUGGCCCACGAUCAGGCCCAUCAGCCUCCUCCACCGGGGGCAUCUUCCUCGUCGUCGACAGUCAUGGAAGAGGCCAGCUCCAGCAGCUUCAGCAUCAGCAGCACCGCAUUCAAGCUCAACUCAGCUGUGAAAGCGAUCGAGGAGCCGCUGCCCGUCAGCAGCAAUUCUGCAACGGUUACUCCCGUCAAGGAUGGCAAGGAUCUGCAUCGUGCUAGUUCCAUUGUCCACACACGGCCAUCAACGCCCACAGUGGUAACUCACACACACGACGAGGAUUACUCCGAGGAGGAGGAAACCGGCAGCGGUGCCGAGUCCGCAACGGAGCAACAACAGCGUGAUGCCUCAGACUAAGCAUCGCUCCGUCUCCGCCUCCGCCUCCGUUAGCGCCUCCUCUUCACCUCUCCACCUCAUCCAUCCCGUUUGGAUCAACGAAUUUUCAACGCUGUUUCUAUCGCUCUGCCCCGCGGUGUGGCAGGUCUACCUAAAGGAUCGUUGCAGUCUCCUUUUCAAACGCGCUGUAAUAUGUGAGAAACGUGCGAUUUCUUUUUUUUUCGAUUUUACACAUACAAAUAUAUAAACCUAUAUACAUACAUACAUACAUAUAUAUUUGUGUAACUUAUAUAUAUACGUAAAGCUAUAUACACUAGCGAAUUGGUUCCAUUUGCUUAACAAAUAAAUAGAAAGUGUAUUUUUUUUUUAAUAAAAAUAUAAAAAGAACAA